AUGGCUUCGGCAGACCAGCGCAACCUGCGCACCAUCAACACGGCUGCAUGCUUGAUCAUUGGAGAUGAAGUCCUCGGCGGGAAGACCAACUCAGCGUACCUGGCAAAAUGGUGUUUCUCGCUGGGAAUAAGCUUGAAAAGAGUCGAGGUCAUUGAGGAUGAUGAGAGCGAGAUCGUCGAAGCCACCAAGCGCAUGAGCGAACGAUAUGACUUUGUCGUUACGAGUCACGACGACAUCACGUACCAGUCGAUUGCAAAAGCCUUCAACCUGCCGCUGAAACUGCACAAAGAAGCUUUUGAGAAGAUGAGGCGCAUGUCCAAGACGACAAAGCAGCAGCCCGAUUUUGACUGGGACACGGACUCUCCAGCCCUCAGAGCCAAGCUGCGCAUGGUUGAGCUACCUACCGACGAUUCGCGUGACGUGAACAAGCAGUUCAUCUUCCCUCAUGAAGAUCUGUGGGUUCCCGUUGCCGUCGUUAAUGGAAAUGUGCACAUCUUGCCCGGUGUACCGCGCCUCUUCGAGAAGCUUCUCGACGGCAUGAAGCCGCAUGUCACGCCGAGGCUGGUUGACCCUGAGGGCAAAGGCACUCAUCGCGUGCUCUUCUCGACACCAAUGUCCGAGAGCGCGGUGGCCGGAUAUUUGACCGAACUGGCUGCCAAGGUUGGUGAUCGCGGCAUCAAAGUUGGCAGCUACCCGAGAUGGGAGAACAAGCGCAACACUGUGACCCUGGUCGGAAGGGACCUUGCGUACAUGGAGAGCCUCGUGGCCGACGUAGAGAAGAACAUCAAUGGCAAGCGUGUACAUACCGAAGGUGAAGACGAUACAGGGGAUGAAGCGGAGGCCAAGCCUCAAAGCUGA